AUGAAAGUGGCAACUAUAUUUGGUGAGGUUCUCUUUCUUGAUGAUGAUGAAAAUGAAACUGUAGCUAUUGGUAGAGUUUGUAUCAAAACUAAAGACAUGGUUAAGAUAGAUGGCAAAGUUCAGGUGGAUAUAAAUGGGAUGGAAUUUAUUGUUUCAGUUUCUGAAACGGCUAACUGGACUCCAUCCAUUGGUCAUUCUAAUCACGAGGGGGAAGAUAUUGAUACUUCUUCUGAAUCCGAUCAGUCUAAUUUGGAUGGCCAUGUUCAAGAGGAGGAAGAAAUUAAUCUAGAAAAUGGUUUAAAGGUUUGUGCAGAUGAUUUUCAAGGUCUUAGUAUGGGGGAUGGUAACUUAUCUGUGACAACCCAAAAUUGUUUAUUGGAUUAG